AUGGGCACUAAGUUAAAAUCUAUGCUUAUUGAACAGGUCACAAAUUUCGCGGCAAAAAAUAAUUAUAGCUAUAACCACUUAACAAAUAUUAAUUUAUCAUACAACCCCAAAGAAAAAGUUUACAAUGUUCAUUUAGCAUCGCCAAAUAAACAAGCUUUAAAACGUUCCCAAAAUGGGCUGGAUUCGGAAUCUCUAAACUUCCAAGUGGAUAAAACUCUUGUUAUAAAAAAUGUUCUUGAUUCUUUGAAACAUAAUAACCAAGAAAUAAAUGAGAAUCCAAAGAAAAUAGUAAUUGACUUCAGUUCUCCAAACAUAGCAAAACCAUUUCAUGUUGGCCAUCUGAGAUCAACAAUAAUUGGUAAUUUUAUAUCAAAUAUCAAUUCAUACUAUCAUAAUGAGGUAAUAAGAUUAAAUUAUUUAGGAGAUUGGGGUACCCAGUUUGGACUUCUGCAAUAUGGAAUAAACUCUAAAAAUAUUACCUUAAACAACCUUAAAGAAAAUCCUAUUAAACUGCUGUAUGAUAUUUAUGUUGAAGUAAAUAAAAUAGCAUCUGAAGAUGAGACUGUAAGAAAUGAUGCAAAAAAAUAUUUUAGUGAUAUAGAAGAAGGAAAAUCUAAUUUAGAAACUUGGAAAGCUAUAAGAGAAAUUACUAUCAAAGAGUUGGAAACAGUUUAUGAAAGAUUAGGGAUAAAAUUUGACUAUUAUGAAUGGGAAUCGGAUUAUAAUGGUAAAGCUAUAAAUAAUAUAUUGCAACAGUUAGAAAAUACUAAGUUACUAACCACUCAUGAAAGUGGAAAAAAGAUAGCCAAAGUCAACAAUCGAGAUGUGACGGUCUUAAAAAGUGACAAUUCAACACUGUAUCUAUCAAGAGAUAUUGCAGCAUUGUUAAACAGAUAUAAUAAGUAUAAAUUUGACAAAAUGUUGUAUGUUGUCGAUAAUGCACAAACUGAUCAUUUCACAGCUCUUAUUGAUAUAGUUGGAAGACUAAACAAGGAAUGUAUUAGAGGAUGUGAACAUGUUAAAUUUGGCAGAAUCAAAGGCAUGAGUACUAGACAGGGAAAUGUGGUUUUUCUCAAUGAUAUUUUAGAUGAAGCAAAAACAAAAAUGGUUGAGCAGCAACUGCAAUCAAAAAAUACAAGGCCAACUGCAAUAAAUGAAGAGACCUGUGAUAUUUUAGGGAUAACUGCUGUAUUAAUUAAUGAUUUAAAGCAAAGACGAACAAAGGACUAUGAAUUUGAUUGGAAUCGAGCCUUGCAGAGUGAUGGAGACAGUGGUAUUAAACUACAAUAUCUGCAUUGUAGAUUGUGGAGUCUUGAGCAAAAUUCUGGUGCAAUAAUACCAGAUUUUUGUGAUCCCAAUUUUUUAGAUGAAGAUAUAAUUGCUGUUGUAGUGGCUGAAUUAGCAAAAUUUGAUAAUGUAUUAAAAAGAGCUUGUGAGGAAAAAGAAGCAUGUAUAAUUGUAAACUAUUUAUUUAAAUUGUCACGACAUGUUAACAGAAUGUUUAAUGAAGUAAAAGUCAAAGGUUCUGGUGAAGAGCAAGCUUCUCAAAGACUUCUAGUAUUUUAUUGUGUGCGAAAAGUUUUAAAUACUAGUCUAAAAAUUUUGGGGGUUAAACCUUUAUAUGAAAUGUAA